AUGGCGACACGCCAGAGCUCGGGUCAACUUGAUCCUACCUCGCUUGAUGGCAAUUUUAUCGUAUUGCCAGACCAGAACGAUAUGCCAGAAGUCUUUCGAAUGCCUUACUGCAACAAUCUGAACCUCCAUGAAAUCUCCGUCGACGAGUUACAGCAUCACUAUGCGUCCGGUGCACUGUCCACCUCUGACUUUGUCAAGUUCUGCUUGGACAGAAUUCAGAAGAUCAACCCGUACCUCGAAUGCGUGAUCGAAACGAACCCCGAUGCUCUUGACCACGCCGCUGCGCUGGAUGAAGAGCGGAAGCAGCGGAGAAUACGAGGCCCACUGCAUGGCAUCCCCGUGCUCAUCAAAGACAACAUCGCCACGGCGGAUAAAAUGCAAACAACGGCUGGCUCAUGGGCACUCCUGGGAUGUAUUGUGCCCAAGGACGCACACAUCGUCCGUCUGCUACGUGAGAGCGGUGCCGUCAUCAUAGGCAAAGCGAACUUGGACGAAUGGGCCGGCAUGAGAGGGAGCAUCUAUGCACUAGGGUAUUCAGCGCGCGGGGGCCAAACUCGGAAUCCUUACAUGUUGAACCGCUCUGCAAAUGGCAGCAGCUCAGGCAGCGCCGUGAGCGUGUCAGCCAACAUUGUGCCCCUCGCUUUUGGCACCGAGACCGACUGUAGUGUCAUCUCGCCGGGCAUGGUGUGCGGCGUGGCCGCGAUCAAACCGACUGUUGGCCUCACAUCGCGCGGAGGCGUCAUUCCCAUCUCCGAGACCCAGGAUUCCGUCGGGCACUUCGGCCGCUGCGUUGCCGACGUGGCUCGAGCCCUCGACGUCGUCGCCGGUCCAGAUGCGGAGGACAAGUUCAGCACGCAGCCAGGGAGACGUCAGCCGAAGAGUUACUACGACUGCCUCACUGAUCGGCAUGCACUCAAGGGGGCAAGGUUCGGUCUGCCCAUGAGAUGUUUCUGGGACGUUGCGCCCUCGCCCCAACGACUCGUUGCAGGGAAGGUGUUGGGCCUCUUGAAGGAGGCGGGUGCUGAAAUCGUGCCCGUCGACAUGCCGUGCGCGGAAGAGAGGAUGGGCAGAGACGGCAUAUGGGACUGGGAACGAUACGGCGAAGACAAGCCCGAGAUUUCCGAAAUCACAGUCAGCAAAGUGCAGACCUACUAUCUGAUGAACGUGUACCUCAGCAAACUGAAGAAGACGCCCAUAAAGACCCUCGAAGACGUCGUCCGGUUCAACGACGAAAACCGCGGCAGCGAGGGCGGCAAGGCCGGUGACCUCCCCAUGUUUCCUGACGGGCAACGGCUCUUCCGCAAAUGCAUCGACACAAAAGGGAUCAAAGACGAGACCUACAACGCCGCACUGAAGCAUAUCCAAUCACAGUGUCGGCAGAACGGCAUCGACGCGGCAUUGAAGGGUUACAGAGAGGAAAGCACAAAACCUUUCAUUGAGUUCGACCAAGCCCUGAGCUACGUGACCAGGGUGAAGACUCGCUUCACCAUGCAGCCCGAAAUCUACAAACAAUUCCUACAGCUCCUGCAAACCUACCAGCGCGAAUCGAUACCACGAAGCGAAGUCUACGACAAAGUUACGCGGAUAUUCGCAUCUGCUCCAGACUUGGUAGCCGAGUUUGCAGAAUUCCUCCCGGAGCCGUCAUCUCAAGUAGAUGCAGAGGGGAAACAAAUCGACGCGCUCCUCUUCUGCGACGUUAAGGCCGCGGGUAUUCAAAUCGCCGCUCAGGCCGGCUAUCCCGUGAUGACUAUCCCUAUCGGCUUGGAUCCAGAUGGCAUGCCCGUCCCGCUGACGCUCCAGCACACGGCAUGGCAAGAAGACAAGCUGAUCAAGUGGGCAAGCGCGAUUGAAGAUCUGCUGGCCAAUUAUAACGAGGAGCAUGGCAUCCCGGCGACCGAGCGGUGGAAACGACUGGGCCGGGUCCCGCCGACGUACAUGAAUCAUCUGAGGAAGAAUAUCCCGACGGACAUGGAUUACCAGUGGCCCGGACGGCAUCGUGACCAUGCUGGUGCGCCGAGCUGGGUGGGAGAGUAG